CGAGAUGUCAAUAUAUCGCCAUUUUGGAAAUAUCAUGGCGCCAACAUAUUUUUAUCGUUCCAAAUAUUUCCCGAGGAUUGCAUAAUUAAACACUAAUCGUAAAAGAAUAACAGCGACAUAUCUUGUUGGUUUAAAGGUUAACAGUAAAACACAGUUCAAAAUGCCACAGUCGAAAAGCAAAAGAUCAAAUGAAGAAAGUCCAGAGCGCAGAUCAAAGCGAAAGCGUGGCAAUGAAGAGGAGGAUGAGGAAGAUCGGGAGAAGGAACCGGUGGCCAGUAAAGCGUCAAGCAGCAAGAAGGCGGCCGGCUAUGGUGGGGCUGGUGCAGGUGGUACCCAUAAACCAGCUGAGCUGUUCCGGAAGGAUCUGAUCAGUGCAAUGAAGCUUGCUGACUCGGAGCAGUUGAACGCGGAAGACUAUCUGCUGAUAGCGGACACGUGGAGACAGGAGUGGGAACGAGGUGUGCAGGUUCCCGUCAACGCCACAGCCAUUCUACCAGUUGUUAAACAGGAAGUCACAGAUAAACCUAAAAGUACAGGUGACUUCAAGAUGCCGAAAAAGUUUCUUCAUGCCCUGAAAGAUGAGACGUACCAGUUAGGCCAGCAUGAGUUAACAGGGAUGUCACAGCUGUCCGAGCAGGUGGUCCGAUAUGACCUGGAUGAUCUGGAUGUUGCCUGGCUUCAACUGCUAAAUGAACAGCGGGUUGAGUGUGGUGAUGCAGAGAUCUUGGAGUGGACGAUGGAGCGUGUGAUUGAGGCCCUGGAAGCUCAGUGUCAUGAAAACAUGGACACAAAAAAGAAGACAGAGGAAGGCCUCGGCAUUGAGUAUGAUGAGGAUAUUGUCUGUGAAAUAUGCCAGUCUCCGGAGAGUGAAGAUACGAAUGAGAUGGUGUUUUGUGAUGGCUGUGAUAUUUGUGUGCAUCAGGCGUGUUACGGUAUCCAGACAGUCCCUGAAGGCAGCUGGCUGUGUCGGACAUGUGCCCUCGGUAUCAAACCUACAUGCAUACUCUGUCCUAAAGUGGGCGGGGCCAUGAAAUCCACGAGGAGUGGAACCAAGUGGGCGCAUGUGAGUUGUGCCAUCUGGAUCCCGGAGGUGACGAUCGGCUGUGUGGAGAAGAUGGAGCCAAUAACAAAAAUCUCCAUGAUUCCAGCAAGUCGUUGGUCAUUGGUCUGCUGUGUGUGUAAGGAACGAUGCGGGGCAUGUAUACAGUGUUCAGUAAAGGCCUGUAAGACUGCCUUCCAUGUGACCUGCGCCAUCGAUGACAAACUGGAAAUGAAAACCGUAUUGGUCCAGGAGAAAAAUACAGAAGAUGUGAAACUCAAGGCAUAUUGUCCAAAACACAGCAAGAAGCGAGAUCGACACGGCUCAGAAUCUGAACCAGACUCCCCAAGGAAGUCGGUGAAUGGGUCUCCGUUGAAGGAAUGUCACAUGACAGAGGAAGAGAAGGCAACACUAAGAGCUGAAAGGCUGGAGAGACUAGAGGAUGAGUUUUACAUGCUGGUCAGUUUCCCCGAGGUGGCCCGGCUGCUCGAUCUCAGCGAGGAGGCAGUCAACCUCAUCUACGUCUACUGGAAAUUAAAGAGAAGGACUCAGUUUAACCGCGCCCUGCUCACCCCAAAGACAGAGGAGGCGGACCUGCUGGAGAAGCAGCAGGAAGACAGCCUUGUGGCUCGCAUGAAGAUGUUUGUACAUCUCAGACAGGACCUAGAAAGGGUCAGGAACCUGUCAUACAUGAUCAGUAGGCGAGAAAAGAUGAAACGCCAGUUCAAUGCUGCAAGAGAAAGUGUUUUUUAUGCUGCUCUAGAAGUGUUGACUGAUAAAACUCUCAACCUUCCAACUCGGGAAGUGGAGAAAAUUGUGAGAACUUACAAAGAUAUACCUCCUCCUUACGCACCUUUAAGUAGUACAGUAAAGGCUGCUUCAUCCAGCGCAAGACGACCCAGUCAGGCAUUAAGGGCAUCUGUGGAUGUUGAGGAAUCCAUGGACAUCAAGCAGGACUCUGAGACAGAAAGUGUUUCCAUGGUGACUGUGAAGCCAAGAUCUGCUCGAGUAAAGCAAAGGAGAAGAAAGUCAGUAGACAGUCAAAGCAAGUCUGAUGAUCUCAAUAGUGCCAACGUUAAAACUGAAAAGGUUGAGAGAAGUGAAGGAAGCGAAUGUGAUGGUGUUGCUAUAGAUAUGGAUGAUACUUUAGUAAAUGAUCCCCUUUCCAAUGAAGCGGAAAAUGUGACUAGUGUGCAAUCUUCUGGUGAAAUAAGGAAAGAGGUUAGAAAAAGUGUUGGUAGGCCAAGAAAGCAACCAAAACCGGGUGAAGUUACUAAUACUGAAUCAGAUAAAAAGGCAGCUACAACUGACUCAGAUAUAAAGACAGUUACUAAAAAGACUCGUAAUAAGUCUGGACUACCUGAUUCUGUUGACCAAGAAUCCUUAGACAAGCCAGAGAAAGUAGAACUGGUUAAUGUUAAAGAUGAAGAGGACGUUGAGUCAAAGACGACAUCAUUAAAGAGAGAAAGAAGGGCAUCAGCGGUACAACUUACAGAAAAAGAAAAGGAAGACCUGGCAGAAAGGUUUCCAAGCUCAAAGAAUGUUUCAGACCGUGUAAAAGCUGAGUUGACUGGUUAUUUGAAAAAUAAUAAGCUAGUGGUCAACAACAGAUUAAGACAAAAAGUGCAAUCUGCUUUGUUAAAUGGCAAAAGGAGAAACAGAUUAGGAAAUGGGAUUAUUGUUGACCAUUCACAGAGCAAACUGGACUCGUUCUUUGUAAAAUCCCCGCCUUCCUGUGAUCCUGACUCUUACAAAAGUCCAGGCAAAAAUGUAUCCCGAGUGCUCAAUGAACUUUCACCGACUAGAGAUAUACUAGAGGCUAAUAAUAUAGAGAGAACCAAUCUUUUACGAGGUGGGAUGAAAUCGACUGAAUGUCAGACUCCUCAAAAUGGAAAUACAUCAAAUAGACAAUCUCCAGCAUUAUCAGAGAAGAGCUUUGAUGGUUUAUCAUUAGGUUCAUCUUCUGCAAGAAGCAGACAGCGAGUGGACAGUGUUGGGGCAGCCAGUGUGAAAGAUGGAGAUUCCCGUAGACUAACUAAAAGCCGCGAAUCAACUCCUGACAGUGUAGCGAGUAGUGUUAGAAGUUUUAGUAGCUACAAACGAAAGACUCAGGAGGAGGCAAGAACAAGGACUCGGUCUAACACUUCCAUAGGGAAAGAUUCAGAUUCUGAGGCAGAAAAUUUCUAUGACAGUAAAAGAGUGAAAAGAUAAUAUUUAUUUAUUUGUUAAAAACUUGUGCAGCUCAGCCCAAUUUCUCGAAAAUUUUUAAGGCGUGACAAGAUUUAAGUAUCUUAUUUCAUUUCACUAAAUAACUGACUUAAACUUAAUUUUACGAAGGUAAACAUGGCUUACGCUCUUACGGUGAUAAUCGCUAGAUAAAUCCUGUUAAAAGUCAUAAAAAAAGAAUGAGAAUAUUUCACAAAUUUUUCCAAACAGAAAUAGUGUGCUUCAGAGCUUGAUCCUGUUAUAAGGGACUUAAGAUGUUUCGAGAAAUUUGGGCCAGGGGUGGUAUUUAUAAAUAUUCUUAAGUCAUUUCUUAACUGAAAGUGACUCCUUCAAAGUCAAAUCCAAAGGAAUACAUGUAUAAGUGUUUUUACAUUAAAGUAUGUUUGUUUUUUUCAAGAUAUUAUAUUAGUAUCUCUUUAGUUUUAUGAAAUAAAAACUUCAGAAUUUCCAAAAUUCAUUAUUUGCAUUGACCUUCUUGAAAAAAAACAUACCUUAAUAUUAAAAACACUUAUACAUUCCUUUGGAUUUGACUUUGGAAGUUUUAAGAUAUUGAGUUAGGAAAUGACGUACCCAUGCUUCAUGAAUACAGCCCCAGACCUCGUUAACUUAACACUUUAUGAUACUUCCAAGUACCAGGUACACUUUAUAUAGCCAUUGUUAUUUGUUGAAUAGAUGCCUUCAUACAAGUCCCAACUAGAGGCACAAAGCACCAUCAGGGCCAAUUGCUACAAACAGUCUUAAGUCUGAACCCAAACUCAACACUCAAAACACCAUCUGCAUCUUGAUGUAACUUUCCGUCUAGCAAAGCAUUGGUGGUGAACUUGGCUGAAUUAUAUUAAUUUGGAAGUUUUGCCAAUUUUUACAUAUAUUUGGUAAAAUAAAUGGAAUAAAGAUGAUA